CUUCCUCCUCCUCCUCAUCCCCGACUCCUCCUGCGCCCGCCCCGGCACCGAUUGUUGACAAAAGACGCUGCUUUCAGACGGAGCAACGGAGCCCAGACCCCCGGUACCGGUGUGGCCGAGGUGAUUCGGUGGUCGGCGGUGGUCGGACCGCAGCGGGCCGGCGUGAAGUGGACGCCCCCUCCUCCUCCCUCCUUCAUCUCCUCUUCUCCUCCUACCCUCAUUCUCCUGAAAAUCACCCGCGGCUGGUUAUUUACCUACAAAACUAGCAGCCAGAAUGGGUCACACACUGUGAGUCGAUAAGGAGGAGGCGGUGGCGGCGGCGGCCCUGGGCUGGUCAGUUUAGCCGGUAAUGGUGUGAGCUGAGACGGCCAGGCAUUCUGGAUCUGACCGGGGACUCGUCGUUUCCCCGGAGCCUCCGCGGCUCCAAGCCGCGUCCUGAGCCUUCAAAGAUGGGGAAGUGCGAUGGCAGAUGCACGCUGUUAGUGAUAUGCUCACUACAGUUGGUGGCAGCCCUUCAGAGGCAGGUAUUUGAUUUUCUGGGUUACCAGUGGGCUCCCAUUCUGGCCAACUUCCUGCACAUUAUGGCGGUCAUCCUGGGCAUGUUUGGCACCGUGCAGUUUCGCUUCAGAUACCUCAUCUUUUAUGCAGUAUGGCUGGUCCUCUGGGUGGGUUGGAACUCCUUCAUCAUCUGUUUUUACCUGGAGGUUGGAAACCUCUCACAGGACAGGGACUUCCUCAUGACGUUCAACACGUCACUCCAUCGCUCCUGGUGGAUGGAGCACGGCCCUGGUUGCCUGGUAACGCCGGUACUAGACUCACACAUGGCUCCUGAUGACCACCAUGUCAUCACCGUCUCCGGGUGUCUUCUCGACUACCAGUACAUCGAGGUGUUGAGUUCAGCUAUUCAGAUCCUGUUGGCUCUCUUUGGCUUCGUGUACGCCUGCUAUGUGAGCAAAGUCUUCCAGGAUGACGAGGACAGCUUUGAUUUCAUUGGCGGCUUUGACUCUUAUGGUUACCAGCCUCCUCAGAAGUCCUCUCAUCUGCAGCUGCAGCCUCUUUACACGGCUGGUUAAUUCUGGGUAGCGCCCCCUUCAGGCCCAACCCAAUGGACGGCGUCACUGUGGAUGGGAAGUGGCAGUUGUGCCAAUUCCACUCACUCUGCGUGUCACAGUUUACCCCAGCGAUCGACUUAACCCCACCCAGAGGGAGAGGCGUCUGUGCGUGUGUGCAUGUGUGCUUGUGUCUGACGAGAACUACAGCCCUGAUUAGAAUGUACAGAGCUCAGGGAUGAACCAGCAUGCCAGGUGGUGAGAUAAGAUGAGGGAGGCACUGGAGGGGAGCACAAGCUGGGGACACCUCUUGUCAAAUCACAGAGGACACACUUCACUAAACUGCCAGCUCUCAACACUCCCACAAGUGUGCGUAUGUGUGUGUGUGCGUGUGUGAAUGUGUAACUCCACAGGACUAGCUGAUGCUUUGUGGUUGCACCCCUGGACUCAUACCACUCAGUGCCGUUGUGAUUUUUUUUUUCGUGUGCCUGCGUGCGUGUGUAUGUAUGUGUGUGUGUGUGGGGGGGGUGGGGAUGUAGAUCGGGUCACAUUAUAAAAAGAGGCGCAGCUUGUACCUGUUGUCGUUUUAGAAUGUGGUGAUGUCAAAUUAGAACAGUCUUAUGAUUCCCGUUCCCAAAGCCAUCUUUCGUUCCUUACUCACGUGUCGUUAAAAGUCACUAUAAUCACUGUAAAAACACAAUAUUUUUUACUUACAACCCAGGUCUGUUGAGAUAAUACAGCAGAGCUGGUGGGGAGGGAUUAAUGAACUGCGUAAAGGAUUAGACUGUCAGUAUUUUACAUGUUUUGUUGUUGUUAGAAAGAAAAAUGGGGAAAGGCCAAAACUGACAACACUUCGGUCUGUCACUACUUUCCAGCUAUUACCGUUCGUUUUGUGCAUCGCAACAGUCACAUUCAUUCCUGCAUACAUUAGCUUUAAAAGAAAUUACAUUCAAUUUGUUUGUAAAGGCACAGCGCGUAAUAAUUGGUGACAUCUAAUGGUGAAACUCCACAUUGCAACACACUCUCACCCCUCCGUUUCCAAAGCAUAGCAGGAAACUAUGGUGGCUUUGCACCAUAACACCAUCCCCAUCAACAAAAUGUCAUGUAAGAUAGUGAGCUGUUACUCCUCUUUACAUGGUAAACUUCCAAUUUAGAACACAGAAUGGUUUGUCCAUUGGACUGCUGUAGAAAAAUGGCAGCCUCCAUAGAGCAAGGCCCUUGCCUAGAUAUAUAAAAACCACAAUUUCAAAGUCAUUACACACUUACACAUAUACAUGUAUGUGUAGUAAUUCAGUUUCUGCCUACAAACCCUCUUAAAUGUCUCACACUGAUGUUUCCAAAGGUUUAAUCAUUUCUUGUCACCUGUGCUUAGCAGAACUGUACGUAGUGCAUGUUGUGGAAAACUCACUGCAGCAGAAUAAACUAGUGCCCAACUUCACUCUAAUGAGGGACCAUUUCACAGAUGUGAUUUUAACAGUUGUGUUUGACAACAGGCUCUGUGACAGAGUCAGAGGCUAUGUUGGUUGUUGGACAACAUAGGAUCUAUUUGUUGUUGAUGUUGGUCUCUUCAUUGGAUUUUGUUGACAAUAACAAAUACAUGGAGUAGCGGCAGACUUGUCCUUUUAUAUUUCUGGAUUUGAACAAACGUCUAUUGGAAGGACAAAUUCAGCCUAUUGUACAUGUGAUGCUGUGGACUAGAGAUACAGAUGGCUUUGGGAUCAGGUGUUAGUGUGUCUAUGGGGGAGGGGAUACUGUGCAUGUAAAUA